AUCCUGGGUGGAAUCAUGUGGUAUGGUCCGAAAAAUGGUUGAAAGAACCAGAGUUAAAAGAAGCUUUUUUCUAAAAUUGGACAAUGAUUCAUGUCUAAAACUCGGUGCUACGAACGUGUUAAUCUCGUUUCUUGAAGAAAUAACAGUGUAACUUAAAAUGCGUUUAUUUUAUUUCUGUUGACAGCUGGUUAACAAGAAAAAUGGCGGUCAGUCUGAUAUUAAAAUUACUUGUUUAUUUUAACGAUGACACUAAAUCUGACUCAUAGUAUUCUCCCUCUUUUGUGAAACAGAUAUUUAUUGCCAUUUUUUCUCAACGACAAGCUAACCAAAAUGUCAACACAAUUUUAUUAACUAACGAGGAGAGAGAAAUAAAGAAGUAAUUUCUAAACAAGAUAAGGAUGAAUUAUAAUAAAUAAAAGUCACAAAAAACUUUUAAAACAUGUUCGAGUCCCCGAGGAGUUUGCAGGAAGUCUGCAUGGACUUUAUCUGCGACAACAUCCUUGCUUUGUGUGAUGUUCAUCCCAGUGAUGCUGUGGGUCGACCCAGUAGUUGUUCAUCCAACUCUUCCAAUGAACCCGAGUCAGGAUUUAUGCCAACGAGUAGUUCGAGCAACAACGUAACCUUCGGUCCCUCGACGAGACUCAGUUUCCGAGAUCCCGACACAUUCCUGCCUGCAGAAAUUUCAGAACAAUUAUUGUACAGUCUUUGUGAAAAAAAAGUUUUAUCAGAUUUAACUAUAACACUCUUUGAUGCGAAAACGACGAGGCUCAGGCAUGUAAAACUAAAAAAUGCCUCCAAUCUUUCCGUAAAGGGUUUGAAAAUGUUGAGAGAACAUAAAGUUAUUGACUUAGAAGUUAAAGGUUUAAAGAUCUCGAUCAAUGAUCUAAUAGCUUGUUUAGGCACUUGGAGUUUACAGAAUCUUAGGUCUUUAAGUGUGGCCAAGGGGAGCUUCAUGGAUUGUUCGAGAUAUCGUGUUCUUGUGGCGUUGAGUAAUCUGAGAGCACUUCAGACUUUAAACGUAUCAGGGACGGAGUUCAAUCGACACGGAUUGGACAUAGUUGUUGAAGAUUUGCCUCUUUUAGAAAGUUUGGAUAUCUCCUGCACUCAAGUGGACGAUAUAACACCUUUGAGAAAAUGCAAGGAUCGUUUGAAAACUCUCAUUAUGUACAAUGUAAAGAUCAGCGCCUGUGGUAAUGUAAUUUCGGUGCUCCUCAAACUGAACGAACUGAGAAAUUUAGACAUUUCCGACGAUCGGGAUUCCUAUGUUUUCGAAAUGUUCGCGCCAGUGAGGUCCAAGAUCACAGAUUUCUUGAAGGCAGUUCACUGCAUGCCUCAUCUUACUAGUUUAGAUAUAUCAGGGAAGGAUGAAAUAGACCCGAAAGACCUGAAAAGGUUUAUUAGAGCGCAUCCGAAGUUGAGAUUCUUAGGACUGGUGCAUUCCGAUGCGUGCUUCGAGGAUAGUCUAAUAAAUCCGUUUAAUAAAAACUAUAGGAUUGAUCUCAUGGUAAGCGGGACGGCGACAGAAUCACAAAUUCUUGAAGCCCUCAGACGUUAUUCAUGCAGGCCGAUUUACGUUCAAAAAUGCCUCUACAAUUUAUUUCGUUUGACGUCAAGUUCCGAAGAGGUGAGGGUUGACAUGAUUGAGUUAGUCAUUCCCGGAAUGAAAGCCCAUCCCCAGGAGUUCCGAAUACAAAUAGCCGGCACUGCGUGUCUCUACAAUCUCACUAAAGGUGAACUCGCCAAUAAAAUUCAUCCCUCGGUGCUAAAACAAGUAGUUGAGGUUACGCUAACGGCAAUGGAAUCUUACCCGAAUCAUUAUCAAAUGCAAAAGAACACUAUUCUAACGCUCUGUAGUGAUAGAAUAUUGCAGGAUGUUGCAUUCGACAAAUACAGGUGUGCUAGAUUAGUGAUGAACAAUUUAUCGGCAUUUAAUGAUUCUUCAAUGAAUCGAAUGUCUGUUGCCAUUUGUUCGAUAUUAGCGGCUAAAAUCUCGACAGUUGAAACGUCUAUGCUGGGAGCUCAGCCCCAAUACAUGUCCAAACUUUUGACGAUGGUUCGGUCGAAAGUGGAAACCAAAUGUGUCGAUAUUACAAUGAAAUUUACCUUGUCUGCCCUUUGGAACUUAACCGACGAAAGCGCCACAACUUGCAAAGUGUUUUUGCAAGAAGGAGGAAUGAAACUCUUUCUCGAGGUGCUGGAUACCUUUCACGGGGAGUCGAGUGUGGAAACGAAAGUUCUGGGUCUUCUGAAUAACAUUGCUGAGGUUGGGCACUUGAGGCAACAGCUGAUGCAGGCACGAUUUAUAUCAAUGCUCUCCUUUCUCUUGGAUUCCGAGCACAUCGAUGUGUCUUACUUCGCAGCUGGAAUAGCCGCCCAUCUUCUUAGUGAUAGCACCGAGUUUUGGUCGAAUGUGUUAGUACGACCGACGAAAACUCAAUUAUUGGAUCAAUUGGCCCGGGCUGUGACCAACUGGAAGACUCCCCAGAGCGAAAUGGUCGCUUACAGAAGCUUCCAUCCAUUUUUCCCACUAUUGGAAUGCCAAGACGUUUACGCUGUUCAACUUUGGGCCGUUUGGGCGAUUCACCAUGUCUGUACCAAAAAUCCAAAGCGGUAUUGCGAAAUGUUAGUUCGAGACGGAGGCGUGAAGAUUCUGGAAAACUUAGAGAAGGAAAGUGUCGAGAUGGACACGCAGCCGAAUGUUCGAUCACUGUGUCAAGCAAUUCUGGAAACACUCUUGCAGUAUCCUUGCUAACAAAAAAAAAUGUUCCGAAUGAACGGAAAGUACGCUAUUGGUACGCUAGUCAAUUUUAUUCAUGUGCGAAUCUCCCUGCAUCUAGAAUCGUAUUCCUUGAUUCCAACUCGCUAAAAUCAAGCCCUACAAAAUUAGCCUUGUCAACGUGGAUGUUUAUAGUUUUGAGGCCUAUUCUAGGUGUGGGAUGAGUCCUCAACACUUUGUUCUCUCCGACACGUGUCGCCAGACAAGUUCUGUAUAAAAAAAAAUGUAAUUUAACAGCGAAUCUCCGCGAAAGGAAGUUUGCCUUUUGUUUUUUACAAAGCGAUGUUAAUGAUUUAACGAUUGAUUCAUAAUCGUUUCUUCAACUUUAGGUAAAAAUCAAGUAAAUCUGGCGUUUCUCAAAGAGAGAAUCCGUGCAAAUUUAUAACUUUAUUUGUUUUCCCUGACGGUUACUUUUAUUUAUUCAUUCCCAUAGAAAUAAUUAAAUAGAGAACAGCUGGUGUUUGUCGAAAGAGUACUAAUCCAUUAGAAACGGCACAACUAAGGCAGAGACAAAACUUUAAGAAAAAUCGAGCAUUCAAUCUCAUUUUGAAUUACAUUACUUUUCACGAAACUCAACUUCCUGUUCAAGUUCAAAGCGUUCAAUUAUUAUCAAACUGCCGUUUUGAGAUGUUGUUUUAGGAUUAGGAGAUAUUAAUCUAGUUUUUCAACUACGUUAAUUGUUUGUGAACCAUGUGUCAAUGUUUGAAUUAAAGUUUAGAUUUACAUGUGUAUUUAUCUUUAAAUUGAAAUUCUACUUUUAUUUUAUAGUUUAAAUUCUCAAAGUGUAUUAAUAUCAAUUGUUUAACUCUUGAGAGUAAAGUAAGUGAAAGUUUAUAAAGCAAUCGAUGAUGGAUAUCUUGUUAAGCCAAUGAAUGUUGAACUAUUUCAUUGAUUUUAAUUAAGCUUGGCGAAAUAAUAGUGCUUGGUAGAUAGCAUAUUUUCAAAUUUGUAGAAGUUACUUCAUUUGGAAAAGUAAAGACUUUUUCAAUUCUAAGCAUAUUGCGAAAAGUUUUAAUUGAGCCGUGAUUAAACUUAAAAUUGCGAUGAAAAAAAUAAUUUUUUAUAAAAAAAAGAUCAAACAAAAAAAAAUGUUCCCAGCUUUAGAUUCUUCUAAGCUGCAUCAAACAAAUCUUUCGAAAGCCGUUGUUUAAUAGCUGCCUCUGAAAGAAGGUAGUAGAAAGUUUCGUCAAGUUCCGGUUAUCUAGACUAACUUUGUUUUUCCCAGAACCAUACUAUUUCUCAAUCUAACUUUUCAAUUUCUAUGCUUGCGCCUUUUUUAGAAUCUUUGGGAGAAACGUCUUCAGCCUUAUGGUACUCAAUUUGAUAAAUCUCCAGUACCGGAAAUCUGAUGAAAAUUUAAAAAAGAAACAGCGAGAAAAAAGUCGUAAGUCUUUCAAGUUAAAAAUAACCUUAUAUAUAACAAAAUUGGAAAUUAUCUAUGAUCUUUCACGAUUAUUGGAAAAAUUACCGGUAAAACUUUUGGCGGAAUGGGUGAGAGAAUGAAGAAUGUUUAUGAGAAAUUUAAUAGUUUUUUGAGAAAGAGAACACAAAGUCCACCAACAUCGUCGCUGGUGAAAAAUAUGUCUAUUAAGGUUUCAACAAAUUUCAAAUUAAUUAAUGUAAAGGGUCAGUUUGCAAUAAGACAGAUUAAGAAAAUUAGACUAUAGAUAGCAAGGCAGAACCUUGGAUGUAAAAAUUAAUAUUGUAAAUUAAAUUGUACUUAAUUGCA